AUGUCCAUACCUCGUCUCGAAUUAUGUGCUGCUGGUUUACUUGCUCGUUGGUUAAGUCGUAUCCAGAUCACCUUGUCGUCUCAGMUCGUUAUCGACAAUGUUUUCGCUUGGUCAGACUCGUCAGUAGCGUUGUCGUGGUUAAACACACCACAUCAGUCUUAUAAGAUCUUUGUAUCGAAUCGCGUUAGCMAGGUUUUGGAUUUAUUACCGUCUUGUCGUUGGUUUCAUGUCAGUACGGAUAUGAAUCCAGCUGAUUGUGUCUCCAGAGGGUUACGUCCUGGGGAAUUAGCUCAGCAUGAUCUCUAUUGGUCGGGGCCUGCUUUUCUUCGCCAGUUCGGUGAAAGUUGGUCGCCAGAGGUUACAUUGAUUCCGUUAGACCAGUUACCUGAGGUCUCCGGACCUGUGUCCUGUGUUGUUGWGACAACGGGGGAGGCCGUUGAGUGGUUCUCACGCUUUUCCUCGUUGAAUCGUAUGUUGAGGGUUGUUAKUCGUUUACAACGUUUUGCAAAACUGUGUCGCAAGGUGCCAGUAGAUACAAGUAUGUUUUCGUAUCAAGAUUAUAGCGAUGCGCUAUUGGCGGUUGUAAAAUGUUCUCAGGCUACAUACYUGAAAACUUUACUUCAAGAACUCUCCUCUGGCAAGGAUAUUUCUUCUCGCCCACUAGCUCGACUGUCGCCGUUUAUUGAUAGUUAUGGUGUCAUUCGAGUAGGAGGUCGGCUUCGGCAUUCCUUGUUGUCAGAUCGGCGUAAGUAUCCAGUUCUGUUGUCCAAGUCCUCUCAUUUAUCGUUACUCGUUGCUCGGCAUUGGCAUAAGUUUGCUUGUCACGCAGGUCCUCGUCUCAUAUCAGAUCUGAUAUGCCGACAAUAUUGGAUCGUUGGUGAUCGGUAUGUUAUUCGUCGUGCAAUUGGCGAAUGCACCAUUUGCGUUAAGUUAUCUGCUCGAAACAUUCAGCCAAUCAUGUCCGAUCUACCUGAUGUUAGAGUUCAACAAUUCCAUCCAUUUUCUAGUGUGGGUAUCGAUUAUGCUGGUCCUCUUCUCGUGAAGGAGACGAGUUUGAGAAAGGCACGACAAUGUAAGGUCUACAUUGCGGUGUUCGUCUGCAUGAGCGUCAAGGCAGUUCACCUUGAACUUGUCUCAGAUCUGACGACAGAUUUCGGAUUCGGCUACGGUUCCAGUUCGGCUACAAUCAGUUCGAUUAAAGCUCCAGUUCCAGCAGCUCGCAAGUUCCAACCUCAUGACCAUCAGUCCGAAGAUCAUGUUGUGAUACACGCKGCGUAUCCCAAGGGGGACUCAUUGUAUCUAGUCCAGGGUGUGCGAGUUCUAGRUGCUAACCGCAGAGACAGGAGCUCCUAG